AUGACUACCCAGCACUACCAGGCUCCUGCUCUUCCCAUCAAUGUUCCCUCCAAGGCUCCGGCACCGGCCAGUCUCUACCCAGUCAGCCGUGUCUCCGGCUCUCCUCCGGAUCUCUCGGACACGAGCACUACUGCUGGAAGUCGCACCUCUGCCGGCUUCAGUUACGGCUCCGGAAGUCUCAGCGGCGACUAUGAGUCUAGCUCGGCCUCGUACUCGGGGGUUGACGUUGUCGACGUUCUGAGUGACCGCAUGCAAAACACCUUCGAUCCAACCCCAUUGGACAAAGGGCUGGCAAUGCAGGCGCAAACCUCGGGACAACUGAAUGCAAAGCAGCGAGAACUUCUCGAGCUACAAGCUCUCGCUCAACGUCGUCUGAAAGGUGUUCGCGCCAACUUCUCCGAUGGCAUUAAAGUUGCCCGGGAAACUAAGCGGGAUCUGGAAUGGACUCAGAAACGUGUGAACGCGUUGAAGACGAAAGCCGAAAGCGUGCACCCAGAAGAGUACCGACGGGCAUCCAAGAAAUAUACUUAUGACGACAACUGA